UGGAUGAAGCACAGGCUGUAAGGGCAUCUCAGCAUGGGGGAGAGAGGGUUUUCGUGGAGAUGCACCAGGGUAUGUAGAGGGACAAAUUGGGAAGUUUCCUGGAGCAGAGGGAAAGGGCCAGAUUGCAAGGAGAGUCCCAGAACUUUGUAUAGGGGGACAAUUUAGGGCUGGGUGUCCCUGGACUUCGUUUGUGUGUCCCUGGACUUCGUGUGUGUGUGUGUGUGUGUGUAUGUGUGUAUAUGUAGCAUCACUGGAGGCAUCCUGGAACUGUGGGAAUUACCUAGUUUUUUUCUAGUGGAGAAUGGACUGUUUGGCCCUUGGCACCUAGAAGCAGCCAGAGGGAAAGUACUGACCAUUCAAAAGUUGCAGAUCCCUGGGCCCCGUUUCUGCAGCCUUCAUUCUGCAACUCCAGCCCCGCAACCUGUGCCGGUGUCAAGCCAGUUGGGAUUGCCUCGCUCGUUUGCCUCCUCCCAUCUGCUUUUUUCACCGUGUGUCUACAGCCUUAGAAAUAAGGACUCUUAGAAGCUGUCUUUAUAUUCCUAAGAAGUAUCUGUCUUUAAGCAAAUCUAGUCUGCAAAUUUUGGAUUUAUUCAAAAGCUUAAAUUAGGGUUUUUUUUUUAAACCUUGAAUUUCCCAAUUGAUUUACUAUCAGAUUUUUUGAGAGAACAAAUUCCCCAGGGAUUUAAAACUACUCCGUUCACAGAAAAUCGGCUUAACAAACGCUAAAUUGUGUACUAUGCUCAAAGCACUUUGUUAUGGGAAAUAGAAGAGCAAGACAAGGCCCUUCCCCUCAGGGCGCCUUGUCUGGCUGGGAAGAUGCGACAUACACAUGUGAAAUAGGUAAAUAACAGUAUGAGACAACACUAUACAUGAUCGGUACGUGAGUGGCAGGGAUAGUAAAGUCUAUAAUGAGGCCUUCAGAGUAGGGCAAGGCAAUGAUAAGGGUAUAGCCCUUGACAGCUUACCGAGUGCUUUCAUAUCUGUUAUCUUGUAUACAUAUAUGUAGGGUGGGGGAAAGAUGGGGAGAAAUGAAGAUUGAGAGACAUGAUUCAGCUCUCCAAAUGGCAGAUCCUGGCUUGAAUCAAGGAAUUCUGAUGCUACAGGUUUACUUAGAGUCGUUGAGCGUUGUGUGCCUUCGGGCCACCCAGUAGAGUGAAGCAUACUGCUUUCUGACUAGUAUUAAGACUUGUUAAUGUAGACCGCAUGUCCAGUAGACUGCGUGUCCAGAAACCACCCGGCUGGAACGUGCUAGUUUACCAUGGCAAAGCUCUGUUUUGGGAAUAACGUCUUGCUGGAGACCUUUGAGAUUUGAAAUUUGGCAUGGAAAGGGAUCAAGAGAUUAUUAUUAAAAUAGAAUGGUUUUAGGGAAGACUGUUGCCUGAUGACAAGGCUGUCACUGUUGUUGUGUACUACCUGACAUGAUGGGACCAGGCCAGCCAGCUUCCACCUGUGUUCAUCUAGCACCUAGGACCCAACUUGAUGGGAGGAGUGAUCCAACAGUUCUUCAGACCCAGAACCAGCUGCGGUUUAAUAGGAAUGUUCCUACACAUUCAAGCAACUUGGCAAUCCGAUAUUCUUGCCCACAUGCCAUUAGAAUUGAAAAACUGAAGCACUCAUACAAUGAAUCAUACCAUUGUAAAGAUGCAGAUUGUAGAGUUGGUCCUGACCUAGGCAGUUCUGUUUCAUUUUCUGUCAUAUCAGAAGAGAGACUUAGUUAUGCUGUCCACCUAGCCAGAAGAGAUGUGAAACGAAGACAAUUUGAAGAACAUAUAAAAGAACAUCAUCUCAGAAGUCAGCCUCAAAGCUCUCGGAAGUGUGGACAUACUAAGUGUAAAAUACCUGACCACAGGGUGGAAAGGAAGGAGUCAAAGAGUCAAGCAGCCUGUCAGUGCAGCCACCAGCCGUCCAAAGUAGAAAUCUCCAGCUCGGGUGCCAAAGUAUACCUUUACUCAUCUCAUCCAGGCCAGUCAGAUCUCACUGCGCCAAAUUCACCACCCACCCGUGAUCCGGGACUUCAGCCUCAUCCCACCAGGACAGGUGACCACAAAAGCAUAAGUGAACAGAAAAGCCUGCUAGAAGUCCAGCGACUCCAGAAAGAACUGAGCAGUUGUAUCCACAGAAUUGAAGAGGUAACUAAAAAAGAUAGACUAGAAGAAGCUUUGGAUCCAGAUGAAGAACGUCGAAUCCGUGUCAGGAGACAGGAGCAAGCUGCUCGCUCUGCCCGAAUGCUCUACGUGCUCCAGCAGCAGGUAAAAGAAAUCCAGGAAGAAUUGGAUAAAUUGAGUCCACAUAAAAUUAAACACACUAAGAAGUCAUGGGCAAUGUCUAAGCUGGCAGCUGCCCAUCGAGGAGCCAUUCGGGCCUUACAGAUGUUUGUCACUCAGUUUACUGACCGAGGGGAGCAUCCACUUCCUGCUCGGUGUAGGGAACUGGGCAGCCUUAUUCGCCAGCUUUCACUUUGUUCUGCCAAGCUGGAUGCGGACCCUUCCAUUCCUGAUGUGGUUAUAGAUAUUCUGCAACAAAUUGAGGCUUUGGAAUCUCUCCUGGAAAAGAAACUGUCACCAAAAAAGGUGAAAAAAUGUUUCAGUGAAAUUCGGAGCAGAUUUCCUGUUGGUAGCCAAAAGGCCUUAGAGAGAUGGCCAAGUAUAUCACCGAAGGGUGAGAGGAGGCCCCUCACAGCAAAGGGCCCAUGCCCACAGGAAACAAGUCAACCUUCCGUGGCAAAGCAGCUUCUUGCCGAUAAGUAUCAGCCUGAUAUGGAGCUUCCGGAGACCCAGAGGCUGCAGAGUGAGCUCGAUGUAUUAGAUGCGGAUAUCCUUCCGGAAGAAGGACCAUUUAUUCUAGACCAAAGUGCAAGCUUCAAAGACGAGGUGUUAGCCGUGGCAAAAACAAAAGCAGUGAGAAGGAAGCCUGUGACGGAGAAUGUGCCAUUUAGGAAGAAAGAUACUCUGGCGCCAGCAUCACAGCAAGGACUCCUCAAAGCUGAAAGAAGUAGACAAAGCCAACCUCACAGUAAAAGCAGAGUGCAGCAGACAACAGUUUCAUCCAGAUUAAAAAUGAACCGGCAGCCUGUGAAAGACCGCAAGGCACCAUGGAUACCCCCAAACCCCACAUCCCCACCAUCAUCUCCUAAACGUGCCGCAUGGCUAAAGGUGAAGUCUGGCCCCAGAGAUGCCACAAAAGAGCCUCUCCAGCCCAAAGAUCCUCAAGAGGAAAGUCACCUGACAGGUGCUGUUGAGCACGAAGCAGCCAGGCUCGCUUGGCUUGAUGCUGAAACUUCCAAAAGAUUAAAGGAACUAGAAGAAUUAAAAGCCAAGGAAAUUGACAACAUGCAAAAACAGAGGCUUGACUGGCUUGAUGCUGAAACUUCUAGAAGAACAAAGGAACUGAAUGAGCUCAAAGCCGAAGAAAUGGAUAGACUCCAAAAAUUGAGUGUUUCUGCCACCCAGUUAGCAGACAAGGUAGAGGAGGCAGUUCUGGAUCGUUUGAAGCCUCUCUUGAUGAAGGCCCAGAGAGUGAAUUCUGCUACAGAAGCACAUACUCAUUUGAAGGAUGGCUCGUCGGUAAACACAGCCACAGCCCAGCCUGCACAGGAGGUUGCCGCUGUUGAUUUUGAAUCCAACAACAUUCGUCGGCUUGAUGAUUUUUUGGAAGAGUCUGCCCAUGAGCUCUGGGCUGUGACUCAUGCUAAGAUCUUGGGGUCUGAAACCUUAGCCACCAUUGAGGACAGCAAGGAUAGCCCAGAUCUGGAGAUCAUGAUGCGCAGAAUGGAAGAGAUGGAAAAAUACCAGGAGUCCGUUCGUCAAAGAUAUAAUAAAAUUGCAUAUGCUGAUCCUCGUCUCUGGAUGCAGGAAGAAAACAAUGACCAAAAAAUCUCAGCAAUAAGUGAAAAGCCUCUGUCUCCUCAUCUAAUCAGAAUCACGAAGACAGUGGAUCGCAAGGAUCCAGCCGUGAACAUCAUGUUAGAAAGGCCCUGUAAUGGCAAUUCCCUGGAUGAAAGUGUGGGAACAGAGGAGGGAUCAGAGAAAAGAGAGGCCCCCCUGCUCUCCCUUGCAGAAGAUUCUCAACAGAAAGAAGGCCGAGCUCCCCUCUUUGUCCCACCCGGUAUGCGGCACAGCAUCGGCAACUACUGCAGUCGUUUUGAGCAGUACCUUCGGAUCAUAUCUCAUGAGGCUGUAGGCUCCUUCAACCCAUGGCUGAUAGCUGAAAGCUUUUCAGAAGAGCUGGUAGAUGAAGCUCUGGGUGCCGUGGCUGCUGAACUUCAGGAUAUGUGUGAAGAUUAUGCAGAAGCUGUGUUCACCUCAGAAUUCUUAGAGGCUGCUACAUAAAGGCUCUCCGAGGCGAGGCCCUUUGUCUCACACUGGAGAAGGGAUGGCACUACCCUUUGUUUUGGCCCACAGGAAAUUUUCAUCCUCAGCUGUCCAUCCAGGCCCAGAAGGUGCUGCCCACUGAAAGGAAGGCAGUGCCAGGGAGGUCAUCCUCACUUUGCAUUUUCUUUUGUUGUGGCAAUGGUUCUAGAAAUGUAUGAUGCAAUGUAUUACACUUACCAGUGCCCAGGAAACACGACUUGAUUAUGGCAGUAUUUUCAGAAUGUGUACUUUUCCUAUUGAAAUAUGAUGUUCAUUCCUCUGGCUCAGUUUGGUGAUGAAAAUGUUUUGAAAGAUAAUCGAUACAUAUGUUUCACACACAGAUUCAGGUUGCUGUUGAACCCUUGGUGGCAUUGAUGCCAACACAAGUGCAGCUACUAGCUGGUCCCAUCGCCGGGCCCCUGUUUUGCAUCUUUGGCGAUUUCCUGUCAGGAUCUCUGGCCCUACUAGGCUACAGACUCAGGGAGAGCACAGUUUGGCUAUGCUGCCAAAUCUCUGCUCUGCUGCAGCUUAUUACAAACAGGAGCCCCCCACCCCCACCCCUGGUUGUCAGUGCACAAUAAUAAACACACAUUUCUUCAAUGUUCCAUUCCUAGGUGAUUUUCACAUUUUUAGUUCCUCAGCAUAUUUUAUUGCUGUGUGUUGACACAAUCUGGUAUAAAAAACUUUCUCUGGAUUCAGAGGAAGUUUGAGGAAUCAGGAGAGGCCCAGGCCUUCUCUGUGCCGGCUGAAGGUACAGAGCUCGCUGUGUCUCCGAUACGAGGUCAGAAGUGUCUCUAUUUCAUACCACAAAGGGACUCCGAGUGGGAGUAGAGAACAGACGGAUGGCGCGAAGACUCUGCGUCUCCCCAGAGAAAGGAAGAAACUUAAGAACCAUCAUAGCCUGGUCCUCCAACAUCUUACAGAUCAUGUUUUCCGAGAGAAAAGCCUGUGUUUUCAGAAACUCUGAAUUCAGAAAAAGAAACAGAAUGUGCAUAAGAAUCAGGCCACUGCCUGGGAAGACUGCCUCUCAAUUCGUAGCCUGAGGCUCAGUGAAGGAAACGUGCAGAAAGAAUGCCUGAGACGCCCCCAGGGAAUAAGGGAACUCUUUAUAACCCGUCCAGUGCUGUCAUCUGGGAUUUUUCUCUGAAGUACAAGAAUUUCAGGUGAUUUAAGCUGCUUGAUCACACUUACUUGUGCAAAAUUGAUUUUCAUUUAAUGUUAAUGUUUUCCUCCUUAAUUUUAUAUAACUUCAGAAUGUAAAGAGCUUCAAGGUAAAUUACAAGGUCUUUCAACUGGGGAGUUAAAUGUGUACACUUGAAUUAAUAGGAGCACCUGUCGUUGCUAGUAUAAAGUAAUUUGUGUGGCAGUUUGUACUGUGCUGAUUUUUAAAAAUAAACCCAAUAUUUUAAAGUA